UUUUAUUUAUGUAAGGUAAUGUGUCAGAAGCGAACCCAGCAUAAUCUUCAUGCUACACAAGAGAAAAAUUUUGUUCUUGCGAGCUUAAAACAGAGAUCCAUCGGUUGCGUUUUAUUUUGUCCUUGCACUACGUUGAUGGAGUUCGGAGGAGUCGUGCUGAUCGGACUGAAGCGGAGCCAACCAAUUCAUCAUGCACAACAAGGGAAAACGUUACUCUCACAACAAAGACUGAGAUAUGAUUGACAAUGGAUAAUCAUACGUAUUAAAUCGACUGUCAUAUAAAAGUCAGUUGGAGAGGGAUUCCUAAAGCAUGCUCUUUGCACAAUUUCGCAGACAUUGUCAUCGGCCUUUGGAAGCUUAUAACAGCAGCGAUCACGAAAUGAGAUAGGACAGAGCUGUUAAACUGCCCAUGUCGUUAAACUUUUUUUUUUUUUACAUGUCACAUGUCGUGCUAAAGGAUAAAGCUGUGUAACUUUGGAGAAAAGGUAUCAGCUGUGACACCGGGUGAAGAGUCGAGCAUGGAUCUGCUGGAGUGUCCGAUCUGUCUGUUCCUCAUGUGCGAGCCCAUGACCAUGAGCUGCGGUCACUCUUUCUGCAGGAGAUGCAUGGGAGCCUUCCUGCCCUCGCGAUGCCCCACAUGCAAAGAACGUUUAAAACAGAGAGAUGCAAAAAACAUCAAAAACAACGUGUUGCUCUUCAGCGUCCUUGAGAAAUGUUGUCCCGAAGAGACUAAGAUGAAAUGUCACAUUCAAGAGAAACUGAAAACGAGCGAGUUUACAGAAGCGCUGCGUAUUGCUGAUGAAGGGAUCGAAAUGGUCCCUGAAGAUGUGAGUCUUAAAGUAUGGCGAGCUGAGGCCUGCAUGGGCCUCCGUCGCUUUUCGGAUGCCCUCCGUGACCUGGAUGACCUGUGCUGUGUGCGACCCAACUGGACCGAGGGUUUCUUUCGUAAAGGGAACGUGCUUCUUGAAAUGGGCAGACGGACUGAAGCCCUCAUUCAGUUUUACCGUUGCCUGAAGCAGCAGUCUGAUUUUGCCCCUGCAAAAAGUCAGAUUAAGAAGAUCUUAGAGGCAGAGGGCAUGGCUGUACCAGAAGAAGUUCCACGGAUGCUGCAUGUUGUGUCUGAGUACUUGCAGGAUCUCUGUCCCAUCACCAGCUCUGUAAGCCCCUUGUGUCCAGAUGCUCAGCGCUACUCCCACAACGAUACCGAAGGUCAAAGUGAUCCCGUGCAGAAUGCAACUAAAGUGAAGCACGGCACCAGCAGCGAGUGCUGCCUGAGCCUGUGUCAGGCCGUGUCCUUCCUCCCCACUGCUGAGGAUGAUGAGGAACUGAUGACGAAGAGAGAAGAGAAACAGAACAGAGGUGUGUGCAGCGUGGCCAGAGAGUCCUGCCUCAGCGUGCUGACUGUGAGUGAUUUUGAGUGCCCUCUCUGCAUCAGGUUAUUCUAUGAGCCGGUGACGACUCCCUGUGGACACACCUUCUGCAAAAACUGCCUUGAGAGAAGUCUGGACCAUAAUCUACGCUGUCCACUUUGUAAACAACCACUGCAGGAGUAUUUUAAGAACAGAAAGUACAACCCCACCGUGCUGCUGCAGGAGAUUAUGUCCCGCCUCUUCCCCCAGCAGUUGGCUGAGAGGAAACAGGUGCACGAGGCGGAGAUGGCAGAGCUCUCAAAUUUGACUAAGGACAUCCCAAUCUUUGUGUGCACGGUGGCGUACCCUGGCAUCCCAUGUCCACUGCACAUCUUUGAGCCUCGUUACCGUCUGAUGAUGCGGCGAUGUAUGGAGACGGGCACCAAAAAGUUUGGCAUGUGCAGCUACGAGCACGGCAAAGGCUUUGCAGAUUAUGGCUGCAUGUUGGAUAUUUUGGAUCUGGAUUUGCUUCCUGAUGGUCGCUCCUAUGUGGAUACAGUGGGAGGAAGUCGCUUCCGAGUGCUCAGGAGAGGACAGAGGGAUGGCUACCACACUGCUGAUAUUGAGUACCUGGAGGACCACAAGGUUGAAGGCGCCGAGCUUGAAUUAUUGCAGCUACUCCAUGACAGCGUGUAUCAGCAGGCGAGGGAGUGGUACCACCGUCUGAACAGCCGCAUUCAGGAGCAGAUCACCCGGCAGUACGGCAUCAUGCCCGAGAAAGAGGACGACAUUCAGGCAUCUGCUAAUGGGCCGGCCUGGUGCUGGUGGCUGCUGUCAGUGCUGCAGCUAGAUCCAGCCUAUCAGACCACCGUCCUGUCUCUGACAUCCCUGAAGGACAGACUGGGUCAUCUACGUAUCGUACUAGAAUACUUCUCUCAGAGCUAGGACGGAGACACAUUAUGUGCCUGCCCGUAUCUCUGAUCACAUCACAUGCAUGCACCACGGAAGACAUUCAUUUUUUUUAUUUUUUAUGUACAUUUUAAAUUCAACUGCAAGUGAUUUGUUUGCUCUUGCCAAUUUGUUUUCUUUUUCUGAUCAUAAUCGAUACACAAGAUCUCUUGUGCUUGGUAACACAUUGGGCAGCUGUGAUAUGGGUUGGUUAAAAAUGAGAUGACCUGUACAACUAUUGAAUUAAUCUUUACUAAUUCUUGAGUCGAGCACCAAAUAGCCAAGGACUCAUUCUACACUGAACAGCUGUUUAUUGAUUCACGCUGUUCGCUUCAUUUAACAUCAUUAGAGUGGAUGCCAAAUGUUGCAGCUAGAUUUGUUGACAUGCUUUGAGAUGUUUCCAGUAGUACUGGUCCCUGGAUUUUUUAAAUGUGUGGCCGAGAGGGAAACAGUUGGCCCAAGAGAUUGACGACUGAAUAGGAACUCAUUGAUUAUGCAUGAAUGAAACACUUAUGACUGCAGCCUCAAAAUCCCACAAUUCCAGCAGUAACUUUUAGUAGAAUCAGAAAUAAUAUUAUUCUCCGUAACAGAGGAGGAGUUCUAUUAAUAUUGCAGUACCAAUGGCACAGAAUACUACCUGAAUGAAAGCUGCUAGCUGUGCUUGUUCCAUUCGUAGUAUUACAUGUUUUGCAAACUUGCUGGCAUGAUAGUAGAGAAGAGAGAGGAAGGGAUUCCUUCUGUUAAGGUACUCUACCAUUCAAAAAUCUGGGCUCAGUAAGAUUUUAGAAAGAAAUUAACAGUUUUAUUUAGCAAAGAUGCAUAGAACUGAUUAAAUGUGACUACAUAUUUCAAAAGAUUUCUAUUUUAAACAUUGUUCUUUUUAACUUCUUAUUCAUCAAAGAAUACUGAAAUUUUUUUAUCUAUUUCCACAAUAACAUUAUGCAGCACAACUGUUUUCGACAUUGAUAAUGCUAAGAAAUGUUUCUUGAGCACCAAAUCAGCAUAUUAGAAUGAUAUCUGAAGGAUCAUGUAACACGGAAGACUGGAGUAAUAUAAAAAAAUUCACCUUUGGCUUUACAGAAAAAAAAAAUCUAUCAGAAUAUAAAAGUUAUUUUAAAUGUGAACAAUAUUUUUCUGUAUUUUUAAAAAAUUAAAUACAUGCAGACUUUCAUAAACGUAAAAUAAAAAUCUUAUCCCCAAACAUAAGAAUGGUAGUGAACAUUAUUCAUAAUCAAACAGCAGUUAUGGGAGAUGUUGUGAAGGUUUUAGCUAUCUGGUUGAUCAUUAUAGCUCUCUGAAACUCUUUGUGUUAGUCAUAAUUGGAUUAUUUCUGUGUGCUUGUGCCUUGUGAUGGGCCUUAAUAUGGGUUCAGAUAUUUUGUUAAGGACUGUGGAUUUAUGUUCCUUAUUUUUCUUUUCUUCUGUUUCAGUGCCACAUUCUGAGAAGUGUUAAAACUGCAAUGUUAAAUAUGAUUUUACAUUUAAAUGCAAUUGAACCUGACAUUGUUUCUACUCUAGUGAUAGUGCUAUUGUUUUUUUUUUUUUUUCUCAUCUCAUAUGUGUCUAGCUCCUAAUGGCUGGAUGUCCAAAAAGGGUUAACCUGCACCCACCUGCACUGUUAAUUUAUUUUUAGGUUUUUCAUAUUUGAUCUGUUGUGCACUGAUCGGACGAUUACUGUUAUUUUGCCAUAUUGAAAACCAGUUACUAACAGUCGGGUGAUUUGCUUUCAACCAUGUUUUGAAUGCAGUAUACCUAAACCAUUUAGAUUUUAGCUUUCUUAUUUGAAGCAGUAAAAAUGUGGGAACUUUUGGAGAAAAGAUUAGACACAACAAGGUUCAUACAAAAACUGAGAUUUAAAGAAGCCUCCGUUAUGUUCCACUUUAUACUACCAUGGUCAAAGUCAUGCUGAGCCACAUACUAUUCAUGAUCGCAUGACCACAGCGGCGCGAUUCAUAGAGACACAUAUAUUUAUGAAAGGGAUUUAAAUCAGAAUUGCUUUAGUAAUUUAAGUACUGAUUGAUGCAUCUGAUGUGUUGUUUCAUAUCUAAGGUGCACUUUUGACAUCUAAUACCUUGCACCCUCAGGACACACGACUUGAAAGAUCACUUACAAGUGCUGUCAGAACUGUUGCUUCAUCUGACCUGACAAUGUCAAAUUCUCACCCUUCUGGUUUAAUUGUAUGUGGAGUUGGCAGAUCCUGUGGUGAUGCUUCGGGAUAGUAAAAGUACAAUUUAGAGUGACUUUAUUCUACACUAAUAGUCUCAUAAAAAAGAAGGAUGCUACUAUAGCCCUCGGAUCAGAUGUCUUGUGUAAGUCAAAAGACUUCAGUUAGAUUUAAUCUACAAAUAUAGACAAGUCAGAGCAGAAUCACUAAUCAAGACUGCAUCCUCAGUUUUUUUAAGAAAUUGUAUGACAAGGAAAUAUUUCCAUUCAACUGCAAAUGAUGCUUGCUCGUUUAUUUCAAAUGAUCAUUGGAGUCUGAUGCAAAGUGUUUCUUUUCUGUGUCAUUAAUUCUUCUUAAUGCCAUAUAUUUAUGUGUUUGUUUAUUAAAAUGCGUUUUCCCUGGUGUAAUCUCAGGGGCUAUAUCAGUGAUUUUUACUUUUAAUAGGUUUGUUUUUAACCCUUGAUUUAUGAGAUACACAUUAUACAAUACAUGUAACAUUAAAAUCUAUCAUUCAA